AUGGCCAAGAUUGUCGAGCUGACGGCCGAUGGCGGCGUGAAGAAGGAGAUCCUCAAGGAGGGCUCGGGCGAGUUUGCGCCCGCGGGCUACGAGAUCCGAGCGCACUACACGGGCACGCUCCUCGACGGCUCCAAGUUUGACUCGUCGCGCGACCGCGGCCAAGUGUUUACCUUUGUGCUCGGGAAGGGCAACGUCAUCAAGGCGUGGGACCUUGCAUUUGCGAGCAUGAAGGUCGGCGAGCGCGCGAUGCUCACGUGCGCGCCUGAGUACGCGUACGGCGCGAGCGGGAGCCCGCCCAAGAUCCCCGCCAACGCGACGCUGCAGUUUGAUGUCGAGCUUCUCGGCUUUGCGCCCAAGAAGAAGGACAUGUGGGAAAUGAGCGUUGUCGAGAAGCUCGCGGAGGCCGAGGCGCUCAAGGCCGAGGGCACGGCGCUCUUCAAGGCCGGGUCGUUUGAUGCCGCCACGACAAGUACCUCGAGGGUGCCAACCACGGAUGCGCAAAAGGCGACGCUCAAGGAAACGCAGACGAUCUUGUACCUCAACGGUGCGAUGGCGAGCUUGAAGACCCAGUCGUACACGGCGGCGGCGAGUGCGGCCGCAAAGGCGCUCAAGCUCGACAAGAGCAACGUCAAGGCGCUCUUCCGCCACGGCGUGGCGCUCAUGCACCUCAACGAUCUCGACCGCGCGAAAGAGGACUUGCUCGCCGCGGCCAAGCUCGACCCGCAGAACCGCGACGUGCGCCGCGAACUCGUCGUCCUGAAGGCCAAGAUGGAAGAGGCCAAGAAGGCCCAGAAGAGCGCGUUUGGGGCAGCGGUCGCCAAGGUCGUGUCGCUGGACGAAGCCUCGGAUCCGUCCAACCCCAAGGUGUUUUUCGAUAUUACGAUGGGUGGCGCGCCGGCCGGCCGCAUCACGAUGGAGCUCUUCGCCAACGUUGUGCCCAAGACGGCCGAGAACUUCCGCGCGCUCUGCACGGGCGAGAAGGGCGCCGCGAGCACGGGCCAGCCGUUGCACUACAAGGGCUCGAGCUUCCACCGCGUCAUCUCCAACUUUAUGCUGCAGGGCGGCGACUUCACGGCCGGCAACGGCACGGGCGGCGAGUCGAUUUACGGCGAGAAGUUUGCCGACGAGAACUUUAUCUUGAAGCACACGGGCCCCGGCCUGCUUUCGAUGGCCAACGCGGGCCCGGGCACGAAUGGGUCGCAGUUUUUCAUCACGACGGUCACGACGCCCCACCUCGACGGCAAGCACGUGGUCUUUGGCCGUGUACUCGAUGGCAUGGAUGUGGUCAAGGCCAUCGAGUCGACCGCAACGGACAAGGGCGACAAGCCCAUCUCGCCUGUGCUCAUUGCCGACUGCGGCGUGCUCUCGGCGUGA